UAUAAUUGCACAGAUUAAAUUGUUUUAGGAAGCAUCAUUUUAGCGUUUGAUAUAUUUAGACGGAAGCUUCACAGACAAAUGUGUUAAUAACAACAGUGACUAGUCGUGUUUUAAUGAAUUCAGUCACCCACUUAAUAACUGAAGGCAAUGUGAUAUGUAGAUUACAAUGAAUGAAUGCAGUUUAGGUGUUUGUUGCCUUCUGAGAACAUAAGAUCAGUUACAUGUUACAUUACUUGAAUACCACUCUGAAAUUCAACACUCUAUUGUGACUCUCAUAAACAUAGUCUGCCAGUGCAACACAAUACUGUAUUCAGUUUUCUGGAGAUCUAGUAAGCUCCACCAUUGUGAUGUGGUAAGGUGUCUGUUUUUGAUGCAAACACAUCCACAAUGAAAACACAGACCAUUUUCACCGGCUGCACCUAAGCAACAUAGGUUAAACUUGAUUUGUCCAAAAUUGGCUUUGCCUGCAGAAAUAGAUACCUGUAUUCUGUCUCUUUCUGAAGCAAAAUUAUCUGUGCACUCUUGUGUGUUCAUUGGAAAGAAUUUCUUUGCCAUAUCAGUAGAGUCACUUUGUGCACAAUAAGAGCGUAAGUAAUUCUAUCACCUCCCAUUGUCAGCCUGAGGUCCAGUUCUAUUAGAACCAUCUGUCUAGUUCAGAUGACAAUAGUUGUGAUAUUCAAAACCACCUUGUGUCAAAGAACCGCCCCGCAGUCCAGAUGAGCUGAGCUGAUGUGAGCGCGAGGCAGAGAUACUGAAUAGUUGAUGAGACAAUAGUUAGUUUGACAGAGGGGAAGAAUGGAAAGCCUGGAACUUAUCUCCUUCUCCGUUCUGGACCGAGCAUGAGAACUGUGAUGGAAAAUUACUCUGCGGCUGUGCAUGUGCACGCGUGAGAGAGAGAGAAAGCAAGAGAGGGAGCGUGUAGAUGAAGAAGAAAAGUGGAUGAAAUGGUCAGCAUAAAAGAAAGUCCAGAAAUAAAGUUGUCACAGAAGCACAGUGAGAGAUGCUAGAGGUGCUUCGGUGAUCACAGUGCUUAGUCAGGGCCUGGAAAUGCAUCGUCUCGCACCUGAGAAUCACAGCCGCUUCAGUUGGAGCGGGUGGAAAAACCUUCUGCUGCCGCAGUUGAACAGACGCUCGCUGUAUGUCUACGGCAGUGAGGUGGCUGUGGAGAAGGAGUGCGUUAGACAAAAAGAGGGAGGCGUGUUGGUCAUCCAUCCCUUCAGUCGUUUAAGGAGUUAUUACAUCAUGUGUAUGGUGGCCAUAACAUUUCUUAAUCUGAUUGGCAUUCCGAUGGAGAUUGCAUUUCUAGAUGGCAACAGUGGAGUAGGCUGGGAGGGUUUUAAUGUGUUCUCAGACACUCUGUUCCUGAUUGACGUGGGUCUUAACUUUCGCAUGGGGAUCAUUAAUGAGGACAGUGAGGGAGUAACUCUGGAUUUAAAAAGCAUUCGACAACAGUAUUUGAAAAGCUGGUUUAUACCUGAUAUGGUGGCAGCAUUCCCAGUUGGUUACAUACUACUUAUUGCGGACCUACAAUACCACGGUGACUCUCCCUCGUCCAGAGCCAGCAAAAUGAUGCGCAUCUUGAUGUUUGUGAGAAUCCUCAGCCUUGUCCGCUUGCUACGUGUGUCAAGGCUUGUUAGGUUUUUCAAUGAGGUGGAAAGAGUUUCAAAUGCCAACUUGGAGGUGGUGAGGGUGUUCCUCAGAAUCUUGUCGUUAUUUAUGAUGAUUUUCCUGCUCUGCCACUGGAAUGGAUGUAUUCAGUAUUUUGUGCCUAUGCUUGAGGAGUUUCCCUCAGACUGCUGGGUUAGAAGAGAAAAUCUAAUGAAUGCUACAGUGGGGGAGAAGUACUCUUUUGGAGUCUUUCGGGCCCUCUCUCAUAUGACUGCAAUAUCAUACGGUUCCUCUGAAACACCCACAAGCAAGGAGUAUACUUUUGAUAAGCUGAUUUAGCCAAAUGUUCAUUUUAUACCACAACGAUCACGAUGCACAACUGAUACUUCUUUUAAUGCCUGAUUUUUUUAUUUUUUGUUUUAGAUGAAGUUGAGCUGUGGAUAGUCAUGACUAGCAUUGUGUCUGGAGCCCUCAUGUACACAGUGAUGGUCGCCAACACUGCUGUAAUGAUGACUGAUGUGGACAUAACAGCAAGAGCGUACAAGAACAAGAUGAAUCAUAUGGAAGAUUAUAUGACUUUCAUGAAGCUUCCAAAAGGCCUUCGUAUGCGCAUCAACAACUUUUUUCAGGCUCGUUAUGCAGGAAAAUGGUAUGAUGAGAAGGAUGUCCUGAAGUGGGUGUCUUCCUCUCUCAGAGAGGAAAUUCUGAUGACCAUGUGCUCGGCCCAUGUGAGAAAAGUUCCCUUUUUCCGGAACUGUGAUGUAAACUUCAUCAAUGCCAUUCUUCUGGAGCUGCAGUAUGAGAAGUCUACCAGGUGGGAGACAUCAUCAUCCGCCAGAACACUCCUGGUGACCGCAUGUUCUUCAUCGAACACGGGCAGGUCCUUGUGGAGAAUGAGUUCUACCAGAGAGAACUGUGUGAUGGAGACUGCUUUGGAGAGUCAUGUCUUCUAACAAGAGGAAGGCGUUUGGCCACAGUACAAGCUCUGACUAUCUGUCAGCUUUUUUCCUUGUCAGUGGACUCAUUUCAUUCUGUUCUGAAGGACUUUCCAGACAUCAGGAAGUACAUGGAGACAUUUCAACAGGAUAAAGACAUUUUGUUAUGUUGAGAAUGUAAAAUUUAGAUCUAUCAAUGGCACAAUUUGCAGCACAACUUUUAACAGUUUUCCUGGAAACCAUGAUAUAUCUUUUCAACAAAGAACAGUCUUUGUUUGAAAUAGAGAUUUUGUUACAUUCUAAAUACCUUUUUUUUGCUAGUACUUUUGAUUUAGAAAUUUAUCUAACGUACCCCAAAAUUUUGAAUGGUAGUGUUCAUUAUAUACACAUUAUAUACAAGUUAUUUUAGGUAAGAUAGGAAUUUUUUUAGAAAUAUAACACUACUUAGUAAGGGUAAUUAAGGAUGCAAGAGCUUAAUGCCUUUUGAUCUCUAUUUUGCAUCUCUGUUUAAAUUAAAUUGGUAGAUGGCUACACUUGCAUUAAGCCCCUCCUGCAGCUUUCACAGCAUGCACUUUCCCUAAAUUGACAGCUUUUCAUUACUUGGAUCUUCUUCUAUAUUGGCAUAGAUUUGGAACAUGGUUUUAGAACAUUCUGCUCCUGCUGGUGGAUGUGGGCUUAAGAAUCCCCUUGUUCUACAGCGUUAAACAACAAGCUGUCCAAAAAUGGUCUUUGUAUAGCAAAUAAGGUAUGACUUGACAACUGCCUUGGAAUGAGAUUCCUCUGAGAAUACUGAUGGGAUGAUUUUAGACUGUUUGUAGGCCACCUUCUUCAGCUCCUCUUCUCCCUCUUGUCCUCCACUGCUAUACUGCUUUCUAAGUGGCCACAAGAGGAUGCAUAGCUCAAAGAAAAGCAUAACCAGCCACAAUGUAAUUUGUUAGGACCUCUGCUGCAUGUUCCUCUAGCAGGUUUCUGCUGGUAUGCACCUCCAAGAUGGACUCUACGUCUUCCUCUGUCUUCUUUUGAAGUAUCCAAUUUUACAUGAAAUGUGUCCCACAAGAGUCAGUAGAUUAUUUCCAAAAACCAACACAUGGAUGUGAAAAAUCUGUCUGGGCUUUUAAAAAACUCAAACUUUCAAUUAUUAUUAUUAUUUUGUGGGGGUUGUAGGAUGUAGAGAUAAUUGUAGCACGGUUUAAAAAGUCAAAUGUUUAUAACAGUCAUAUUUUAAAAAAAUAUGUUAAUAAAAUG